AUGCCAGCACACGAAUCCAAGUUCAUUCGACCCGACACGCAUUCUUCGUCUUCUGGAUCAGGAGAGGCAAAGGCUCGGAGCGACCAGGAGUCAUAUUCGCCUGCUAUGUCGCAGCUUACCCCAACCCUCGACUCAGGAUCAGUCGAUAAUACGUCUGCUUCAAUCACAAGAGUAGAAGAAGAGGAUAGAAUGAGUCGUAUUUCGAUGCAUACAUACUCAACGGGAGAUGUAAUCAACCAGUACCGCCGGCAAGAGAGAGGACGGGCUUUCAAUAUCCUUAACGAUACUUACUUCUUUCCUACUGACGAGGACGAGUGGACGCGUCUUAAUAAGCAGCAUAUAAUAAUCGUCAUUGCGCUUGGGGGACUCUAUCCCGCUGCAAAUGAAGUACAGGCGAUACUGGCCCCCGAGGUCGGAAAGACAAAAAGAAUAUUGGACCUGGGCUGCGGCACCGGCGUAUGGCAAGUUAUUCUGCGCUCAGUUCGGGCAGUCGCUAUGGCCAGAGAGUAUCCUCACUGCGAGGUUAUUGGCGUCGAUUUAGCACCCACACCUGUCGACCUUGAGACUCUCCCGCCAAAUUGCCACUUUGAGAUAGACGAUAUUAUGAAUGGAUUGGAGCACUUUCAGGGUCAGUUCGACGUUGUCCACGCCCGCGUCAUCUCUGGCGGCCUCCGAAACUUUGAGGUGGCAAAACGGAAUAUUGAAUUGUGUCUCAAGCCGGGUGGAAUGAUGAUCUGGAUUGAUAUCGACUUUCAAAUGUUGACAGAGGAUCGGAACGUGUACCAUCAGCCAGCCAGCGACGAACAUCCUGAUGGGUCAUGGACGACGCGUAUUUUCGCGGAACUUCAGAGGGGUGCCUUCACCGUUGGACGCAGUGACUUAGCAGCAGCUAUACGUACAAUUGACCGUGGACUUUGGAGCGAUGAUCUGAUAGAUCCAGAGACCUGUGGAGCAGCAAGCUUCUACAUACCAGCAGGACCAUGGGCCUCCCACCCAGAGCCCCUUCAAAACCAACGCCUCAAAUUCGUUGGACAACUAUCAAAGCAGGACCUCAAAAGUGCCCAUCGGGCACUUCAACCUAUUCUCCUGAGGGUCGGUUUUACAUCAGAUGUGUUGGAGGAGUGGGUUAGGCAGUCAGACGAAGGCAAGUAUCCGCCUAAAGUUGCCAUCCUGAUACUGAGGUUGUUCAAAGAACUGGAUAAAACGACAAGACACGUCUUGGUCCGAUGUCCGGUCGCCUGGGGUCGACGACGCGCUGGCCAUUCGGAACCUGCACCGCCAUUACCACCUCUAGUAACCAACGAAGAGGAAGGAAUCCCACCAUAUCCAUAUAUUUACUAUUAUACGAAUGAAGAGGAGGCCCUGAAAGCGACCGAGCUCCGAGCACAAAACAAGGCCAAUAUUUAUCUGCCCCCGCCCCCGAAUCCCCUCUAA